UCAUCGGGGUCAGAGGGACAGAGACACCCCAAACCCCCAGAAGGGCUGGACCUGGGAUCAUGCUCCUACCCACAUUUGUCUGUUUAGCCCAGAAAUGAGUUCUGCACAUUUAAGGCUGGUUCUGAGAGCGAAGGGAGGGAGGAAGAAGUGAGCAGUUUGUUUUACAAACUGCACUCACUCCUCCACAUUCCAGCUCCUGGAGGGACAGAUGGUGGGACAGGGCUCUCCUUGGCUUUUAGGGUUUUUUUAGCUCUCUGAGGCAGAGAAGUUCCCUGGACUGUGAUUGUUCUUUUUCUUUGGAGCUGUUUUAACCUGCUCUGGACUGAACACCCAGAAGGGCACUGGCAGGUCACACCUGUGAUACAUUGGGCAGAGUCUGGGCUGUGGCUUUUCCAGUGAUGGAGGAACUGAUAAGAGACAGAUAAGAGACUGAUAAGAGAAUGAGUGUGCUGAGCUACAGCCCAGGGAGGGACUUGCUGAGCUUGUCAUCUCUUUUGGAGUGGCAAAAGGUUUAGUUGUUUAAUAUUGGUCAUUUGCUCUGCUUGUGAAUCCCUUGCCUGUUAAAUAACCAGGUGUUUUCUACUUUUCUCCAAGGAAAUCUUUUCCCAAACUGGUUGGUGGAGAGGCUGCUUGAAUUUGCUUUCUAGUGGAAUCUCCUUUUCGAGGUUUUCUCCCAAAUUUGCCCUAAACCAGGACAGGGCAGUGGGGAGAGGAGAGAGCCCCAAGUAACUGGAUUGGCUGGAGGCUGGAGAUGGGGACCCUGGGACCCCAAAGUGUGACAUUGUCUCCUGUGUGUGUGGCCUUCUCAGGGAGAGGGUCUUACACCUGAGCCAGUUUGGGUAAGGGGGGUGGUGUUCACCCCCCGAGCAGGGAUUACCCCACUGUUUCAGGUUGCAGUGCAAGAUGUAACCAAAUGCAUGUUUUCCAUCACCACCUUUAGAAACUGUUAUAUACAGGCGGGGCAGUGUUCUUUAUCUCUUCCAUGACUCAGCCCUGAUAAUUCCCUCCAGGGGCUCUCUUCUGUGAAUGGGCCAUUGAGUGUCCCUGCAGGACUGGUAAAAUGACAUCAUCCCAUUGUGGGAUGCUCCGCCCAGGGGGAGGAGCCACGCAUUCCUACCUGGAUAUAAACUGAGACUUGUAGCACCAGGAGCAUCUUGCCUACUGGAUUUCCAGAGGACAAGAGCUCCAUAAGCACCACUGGACCUUCAGAGGAAGACCAGACCCUUCUACAGGAUCACCGCUUCGACAGAAUCAUGUUCAUCACUGCAACAGGACUGAGGCCACCAUCUAAUGGGACUGCUACCACCACCCUGACACACAGGGUGCCAGAAUUUCCCAUCUCAAAACCACUGCCAGAUGGAGGAGAAGGCUGUAAGGAAGAGGAAGAUGUCCCGGGACCAUCAGACAAGGAGCUGAGGAUGGAGACCAGUGAGGACAAAUCUCCGCAGCAGAACCUUCUGGAAGAGGCCGUUUUCAGUGGCUCCAUGGCACAGGAAUCUAAUGGGGAAGAAAAUUCCCUGAGAUCCUGCAGGAGGAGGGGCUCCAAACACAGCCCAGGGUGCUCUGAGGAAGAAAGACCCAGCCUGUUCCAGGAAGGUGGACAGAGCUUCAGCCAGAGCUCAGAGCUGAUGGUCCAUGAGCAGCUUCAUGAUGGGGAGAAACCCUACAAGUGCUUGGAGUGUGGGAAGAGCUUCAGGCAGAGCUGCCACCUGAUCUGCCACCAGAGGAUCCACACUGGGGAAUGGCCCUACGAGUGUGGGGAGUGUGGGAAGGGCUUCAGCUACAGAUCCACCCUUGUGACCCACCAACGCAUCCACACCGGGGACAGGCCCUAUGAAUGCCUUGAGUGUCAGCAGAGAUUUCAGACCCACUCCACUCUCCUCAGGCACCAGAGGAUUCACAGCGAGGAGAGGCCCUUCCUCUGCCCCGACUGCGGGAAGGGCUUCAAGCAAAACUCCCACCUUGUCACCCACCAGCGCAUCCACACUGGGGAGAGGCCCUACGGGUGCCACACCUGUCAGAAGAGGUUUCACAGCAGCUUCAAUCUCCUCCUGCAUGAGCGGAUUCACAGCGAGGAGAGGCCCUUCCGCUGCCCCGACUGUGGCCAGGUCUUCAAGCACAACUCCACUCUCGUCACCCACUGGCGCAUUCACACUGGGGAAAGGCCCUACCAGUGUCCCCAGUGUGGGAAGAGCUUCAUCAACAGCUCUAACUUGACCCAACACCAAUGGAGUCACCUGUAAGGGAAGCCCUGCAAAUGCCCCUUGUCCUGGAUUGACUAUAUGAUGCUUUUAUCCCCAGUCGUCUUGUUCUAUUUAUACUGAAUAAUACAUUUUACACCUUUAAGACUCUCUUCCAGACAGUGAGGAGGGGAGGGAAGAAGCGCGCAGUUUGUUUUCAGACUGCUCUCACUCCUCCACAUUCCUGCUCCUGGACUGUGUUGUCUGCGGAUGGACAGACAGCCGGACAGAGCUCCUUUUUCCCUUUCUCUUGCUUUUAGUUAGUUUUAGCUAGCUGAGGCAAAGACGU